AUGCACGGCUGGCCAGGCCGGGCAGAAAGACAACGAGAGGCCAGGCAGCACGAGCAAGAGGCUGGGAUGCAUGGCCCCUCGCCGCCGGCUCAAAGUUGCCGCCGCCGCCGCCGCAGCUGCCGCCUUCGCCGCCUCGCCAUCGCCGCCUGCCUGCCACGGCUCGCUCCAGGCGACCGCAAGCUUGCAAGACCUAGGCCAGGCCAGGACAGGCAAGGCGGGGCAAGGCGAGGCUCCUCGAGCGCCUGUCGAGUCAAGGAUCUACGCCCCAGGCCUGCCUGGACGCAAGUGCCUGUACGUGCUGCUGAAGCUCAACUCGUCCAGGAUCGACCCGGUCGACGACCAACAUCGCCACCACCACCAUCAUCAUCGCACCCCUCGAACCCAGCCAGACUUCCUUGCUCGCUCCCCAGCCUCCCCUCCGUAUCGGACCCUCGCACUCUCGUUACUGUACCAGCCGCAUUACUACUGCCAUCUCGUCGCUCCCUCUUUCUUGAUCGACCUGCCCUACCUCCCCUAUCGCGCUCAACUCCCCUCGCACCUCUUCGCCUCCCCGUCCACCCGCAAGCCAAGAUGCAGUUGACCCGCUCCCUUGCUGUCCUCUUCGCCAUGACGACCAUGGCCUUCUCGAGCGUCCACGCCACGGCGCAGGCCGUCGAUGCCGCCUCGCUCUUCCCGCGCGCCGACGCCUACAACGCCGCGGGCAAGGGCGACGGCCCCGAGAGCGACGGCCGCCACGAGGUGCGCUUCACCCUCAAGGGCUGCCCCGCCAACGUCAAGCCCAAGAUCACCGGCACCUCGGGCAGCAAGGGCUCCUUCCUGCCCAAACCCCCGGGAUCCGUCGUGGUGCCCGCCGACUUUACGGGCUCCGUCUACCUCAUAGGCGAAGGAUGCGGCAAGAACGGCGUCAACUGCCAGGCCGUCGCCCUCAUCUUUAUGCCCGAGCCCUCCGAAACGGUGCGCUCCUACAUCAACUACGACGCCACCCAGCCCCGCAAGUUUGUCUACCCCGUCAAGGCGCGCUUCGACGACAACAACGACCAGAGCGACGCCGCCAGCAUCGACUGCGACAACUUCGAGUGCCUCGACGGAAGCAGGGACCCCGACGACUUCAUCAGCAACCGCAUCUACAGCUCGACCCGCGGCGUCGGCGUCGACAUCGUCUACGACUGCACGGCCAACUCGACCGCGCCCGCGCCCGGCGUCUGA